ACACACCUCAGAAAGGUUCCUGCAUUGCUGCCUGGUCUGAUCAGCCAGGGGUUCUGGGGGGUCCUUUCUCCGCUCUCGUUUUAUUUUUGAGUGUACCCCCGUUUUUGAACCCCCCCCCACGAAGAACGAAUUGCUACCUGAGAGAUCUCCUGAUUAUUGAGACUGUACCGAACCCUCCUUGCCUCUUCUGAUGUUGCUGCUGCUUCUGCCUUUGCUGCUGCCUUGGGGACUGGAAUCAGUCGCCAUGAUUGCCACCCCGCCUCGAGAAAACCCUCUGGUUGCCUGGUUGAGAGCCUACGCCCUACAGGAGGUCCUCAUCGGGAACCUGUCAGAUGUCCCCCCAUCACACGAUUGCGUUGCCUGUACAAGACCAAAGGCCUCAGAAGGAGGGUCCCCCUUCCUCUGGGAGUUCCUCCCCCUCACGAACCUGACUCCACAGCAUCCAGCUUCAGCCUGCAACAACACAAACUGGGUUCAUCGGCCUCUGUUCACGUGCAACACCACCAGCGACGACCGAAGACCCAACUCAUUCGCCCCUGUUGCGGUGACAGGACCACUCCCAGCAGCCCCCUGCAUCGUGUUCUUUGGCUUCUCCAAUCCCACUCCGUUGGGGCAGUAUCCCAAUUGCACCCAAUGGUUCAUAGGACCUCGGCCUAACUCAAACCCCAAGAAAGGAAGCUCAAGAUACCGCACUGAGUUCACCAGGUUUAUUAAUCAUCUUUCAACAAGUACAGUGUUUAACCCCACCCAAUACUUAUCCACAGCUCAGACCCAUGUAGAACUGAGACAGGUCAGAGCCGCCCACCUACUAUGGAUGGAGGUCGAUAUACCACCUGGCCAGAAAUCCCCCCAGCGAAGCUCCAUCCAUGACCAGUUUUUACCCUCUUCCCCAGGACAAGUGUGGCUCUGUGGGAACAACAUUGCCCGGACUGCUCUACCCGCAUUCCCAAAGGGGGUAUGUGCCAUCGGGCAACUCGUCAUAAAGGGAGGAGGGCUCUUUCACCACCGUUGCCCCUUCUUCUCCUCACCACGCAAACGACGAACAGCCACCGCAUGGGAGCGACUCAAGUCAGCCACCGAGAUGGUCAUAGGAGGGUACAUACAGUUUAACCCCCUCUCAUACAGUUUAACUUUACAGCAAAUCCGUGGACUAUCGCUUGGUCUGGAGGCCCUCACCAACAUCACAGCAGAAGGACUUCGUCGAACCAGCGACGCCCUCACUAUCCUAGCCAACUACGCCGAGCAGAACCGUCUUCUGAUCCAGACCAUCCUACAGAAGGACUUUUGUGUCGCCUUGGAGGACCUCGAUCCUCGCUUUAAAGGACAAUGUUGCCUGCGCCUUCAGCCUGGGUGGAACAAUGUCUCAGCCGUGGCUGACCAACUAUCCUCCCUCGCCGUCCAGAUUCGUGAAGAGCGUAAGCAGUGGGAUUGGUGGCAAGCUCAGUGGUCCAGCUGGGGGUUGGGGACCUGGGCUCAGUCCAUCAAGCAGUGGCUUAUUACUAUGGCUAUUGUUCUUGUGGCCUUUCUGUUGGGGAUAGCAGUGGUCAAGCAGCUAAUUCAUAAGGUUGUGUAAGCCCUGCCUUUGCAGAUGAGGUAUUCCUCCAUCCCCUUGGACAGCAGCAAACCACCACCUCCAUACUACGAAGACGAUGACUUGUAAAACCUUUUUUUUCUUUUUUUUCUUUUUUUGGUCUUUGCAUGGGACAUCCCCCUCACAGCCCGUUCAGGUCGGCCAGGGGGGCAUGUCCGUUACAGCUAUUCCCCUAUUCCAUUUUGUU